AUGUCUAUCGUUGAACUGAUUCCAUUGAAUAAAGGAAACAGAGUGGUUCUCAAUGACACAAACUUGAUCAUAAUUGGCCGCAGUCCAACGAUCGGUUGUUUAGACAACAAAAUCUCUCGAAAUCAUGCACAAUUAUGGCUUCAACCAGAUGGAAGUCUAUGGAUCAAAGCUAUUCACCAUAAUCCAACAUUUUAUAAAACCAAAGCUAAUCAAAUUGUUAGAUUAACAAAAAACAAGAAAUAUCAAUUGCAUCAGGACGAUCAGUUUGGUCUUUUACCAGAUGAGUUCUUUUAUCAAGUAUCGAUUAAACCACAAAAUGAAACAACAGAGAAAGAAAAUCAAGCAUUAAAAACUGACACUCACAGUGACGACGGAAAAUCUCAACUGGAGAGUGAUACGAAUGCAAUAGUAGUAUCUGAUCCAAUACCAGAUAGUUCACAAUCUAUAACAAAAAUUGAUGAGAAAGAAUCAAGUGAAGACAAACUCACAACGACUCCACAUAUCAGAUCGAGAAUAUACCCCGGAGAGAAAAAAGCAAGUGCGCUGGUAUAUGAUGAUGAUACAGACGAGGAGUCCGAUUUGCGACCGUCGAGCAGCGAGCCUAAGCUUGUCACUGCAGUGAAUAAUGGUAGUAGCUCAACAGCAGUAGCAUCGGGCAGUGUUGAUCCGAAACAACGAGAUCGAUGUCCAUAUGGUGCAUCAUGUUACAGAAAGAAUCUGCUUCAUCGACAGGAAGCUAGUCAUACUGGUGAUCCAGAUUGGGAAGUUAAAGAUGAAGAAUCGAAGACAACUAAACCCGACUGUCCAUAUGGUAGGGAAUGCUAUCGAACAAAUACAGAUCAUCUCAAAGAAUAUAAUCAUCCGAAAAAGAAAUGCAUCGAACUUAACACAAAAUCUCGUUCGACAAAACGCAAAAUCGAUGAUGAGGAUGAUGAUGAUGACGAUGGUUUACCUAACGAAUAUAAUUAUAAUGAUAGUUUCAUUGAUGAUCAAGAUCUUGACAGUGAUAGUACCAAUGCUGAAGAAGAUAGUGUAAAAUCGGAUGGAGACAUAGAAUGGAAACCAGAAAAACAUGCCCGAGAUUUCGAUGAUACCGAUGAUGCUUCAUCAGAUGAAAGUGAAAGAGAACUAAGGAAUCACGAAGCAGAAAGAUUCAUAAAACACUCGUCCACAACUGACGACGAAUCAGUAAACAAAAAGCCCCGUAUACAGAAUGACAGUGCCGAUGAUACUGAUUAA